AUGGAUUUGCAGCAAAACGACUUCGAUCGGAUCCUCUUCUUCGAACACGCCCGUAAGACCUCCGAAGCCACCUACACUAAGAACCCUCUUGAUGCCGGUAACUUGACGAGAUGGGCUGGAGCUCUACUAGAGUUGUCUCAGUUUCAGAAUGUCGUAGAGGCAAACAAGAUGAUUCAAGAUGCAAUUUCAAAGCUGGAGGAGGCAUUGUCGAUUAAUCCUAAGAAACAUGAUGCUCUUUGGUGCCUGGGAAAUGCUCAUACUACUCGUGCAUUUUUUAAUCCGGACCAGAAUGAGGCAAAUCAUGGUUUUGAUAAGGCGUCUCUGUACUUUCAGCAAGCUCUUGACGAGGAUCCGGGAAAUGAAGUCUAUCGAAAGUCUUUGGAAGUGGCUGCCAAGGCCCCGCAAUUGCACUUGGAAUUCCAAAAGCAUGGUUUUGGUCAACAGGUGAUGGAGGCCGCUGCUGCUGCUGGACCUUCUACUUCAUCGGGUGCAAAGGCUACAAAGAAAAGCAAGAGCAGCGAUCUCAAGUAUGACAUAUUUGGUUGGAUAAUCCUUGCUGUCGGAAUUGUUGCUUGGUUAGGAUUUGCAAAAUCCCAUCCUCCUCCUCCUCCUCCCCCACCUCCGCGCUUUAGUUAG